CAAAGCAGAGGACUUAUAUUUGUUUUUCUCGUGGCCUUCUCCUCUUCCUCUCUUUCUUUCUCUUGUUCAUCUUCAGGAUCACAACCUUCUCUUCUUCCCUUCUUCUUCUUCCUUCACAAACCACCAUUUCUAGGGUUCCGAUUUCCACCAAGUUGAUCGCAGAUUCCAGCGUUUUCCGUUCGCCGCCAUGUCAAUGAGUGAGCGGAAGACUAUUGACCUAGAACAAGGAUUGGACUUCAUGCUCAAGGGCAUCACCAAGCUCAAGAACAUUCUUGAAGGCUUGCCUGAACCCCAGUUCAGCUCUGAGGACUACAUGAUGCUCUACACAACCAUCUACAACAUGUGCACUCAGAAGCCUCCUCAUGAUUACUCCCAGCAACUGUAUGACAAGUACAGGGAGGCAUUUGAAGAGUAUAUCGUAACCACGGUAUUACCUUCUCUGAGAGAAAAGCAUGAUGAGUUCAUGUUGAGAGAACUUGUAAAGAGAUGGACAAACCAUAAGGUUAUGGUUAGGUGGCUCUCCCGCUUCUUUCACUAUUUGGAUCGCUACUUCAUUGCUCGGAGGUCACUUCCAGCCCUUAAUGAAGUUGGGUUGACUUGCUUCCGUGAUUUGGUUUACAAGGAACUAAAUGGGAAAGCGAGAGAUGCAGUUAUUUCACUUAUUGAUCAAGAACGUGAGGGAGAGCAGAUAGAUCGAGCUCUAUUGAAAAAUGUAUUAGAUAUCUUUGUUGAAAUCGGAAUGGGGCAAAUGGAUCAAUAUGAGAAUGAUUUUGAAGCUCCCCUGCUGAACGACAGUUCUGCUUACUAUUCUCGGAAAGCUUCAAAUUGGAUCCUAGAAGAUUCUUGUCCUGAUUAUAUGCUCAAGGCUGAGGAGUGCUUAAAACGGGAGAAAGAUAGGGUUGGUCAUUAUUUGCACUCUACUAGUGAGCCAAAGUUAUUAGAGAAAGUUCAACAUGAGCUGUUAUCCGUGUAUGCAAGCCAACUCCUUGAGAAAGAGCACUCUGGAUGUCAUGCUUUACUUAGAGAUGAUAAGGUUGAAGACUUGUCAAGGAUGUUCAGGCUCUUUUCUAAAAUACCUCGUGGCUUAGAUCCUGUUUCUAGUAUGUUUAAGCAGCAUGUUACCACUGAAGGUAUGGCAUUGGUGAAGCUGGCUGAAGAUGCAGCUAGUAACAAAAAGGCAGAUAAGAAGGAUACCAUUGGUCUACAGGAGCAGAUUUUUGUUCGGAAGGUGAUUGAGCUGCAAGACAAGUACAUGGCAUAUGUGAACGACUGUUUCCAGAAUCAUACUCUUUUCCACAAGGCUCUUAAGGAGGCUUUUGAGAUCUUUUGCAACAAAGAUGUUUCUGGGAACUCAAGUGCAGAACUUCUUGCCACCUUUUGUGAUAACAUUCUUAAGAAAGGAGGAAGUGAAAAAUUGAGUGAUGAAGCUGUUGAAGAAACCCUUGAAAAGGUGGUCAAGCUGCUCGCCUAUAUCGGUGACAAAGACUUGUUUGCUGAGUUCUAUAGGAAGAAGCUUGCUCGGAGACUUCUUUUUGAUAAGAGUGCCAAUGAUGACCAUGAGAGGAGUAUUUUGUCAAAAUUGAAGCAACAAUGUGGUCAACAGUUUACUGUAAAGAUGGAAGGAAUGGUUAAUGAUUUGACAAUGGCAAAGGAGAAUCAAACAAACUUUGAUGAGUAUUUAAGCGAUAAUCCUAAUGACACUGGGAUAGACUUGACAGUCACAGUUCUGACUACUGGCUUCUGGCCUAGUUACAAAUCUUUUGAUCUCAAUCUUCCAGCAGAAAUGGUUAAGUGUGUUGAAAUUUUUAAAGAAUUUUAUCAGACUAAAACAAAGCAGAGAAAACUUACAUGGAUUUACUCCUUGGGUACCUGUAACGUAGUUGGCAAAUUUGAUCCGAAAACAGUGGAGCUGGUUGUUACAACCUAUCAGGCUUCAGCGUUGCUGCUUUUUAAUUCCUCAGAUAGGCUGAGUUAUUCAGAGAUAAUGACUCAGUUAAACUUGACGGAUGAUGAUGUUAUUAGAUUGCUCCACUCCUUGUCCUGUGCCAAGUACAAGAUUCUUAACAAGGAACCAAACACAAAAACAAUAUCAAAUACAGAUUAUUUUGAAUUUAAUUCAAAAUUUACUGACAAAAUGAGGAGGAUCAAGAUUCCUCUUCCUCCUGUGGAUGAAAAGAAGAAAGUAAUUGAGAAUGUUGACAAGGACAGACGAUAUGCCAUUGAUGCCUCACUUGUGCGUAUUAUGAAGAGCCGAAAAGUUUUGGGGUACCAACAGUUAGUUAUGGAAUGUGUUGAGCAGUUGGGUCGCAUGUUUAAGCCUGAUGUCAAGGCAAUUAAGAAGCGGAUUGAAGAUUUGAUUUCUCGAGACUACCUGGAAAGAGAGAAAGACAAUCCAAACAUGUUCAGGUACUUGGCUUGAUAUGGUCAUAUCAUUGUGCAAAUGAAGUGAUCAUUACAAAUAGCACAAGAGGAUCAUGCAUAUAUGUUUGCCCCUCCAUGAAAAAGAAAGAGUUUUUGGUUUAAAAAAGUCCACAAAGGAGAAGCUGCUGCGAGUGGUUGUACAUUUUGCCUCCAUAUCCAUGUCUGGAAUGGUAUUGUAGAUACCUUAACCAGCUUUAUUGCUUUUGAUUGCUGCAAUGCCAUUUCAUAACAUUUGAUGCCCUUCUGUUAAUUUUACCCCCCCCCCCCCCCCCCCAAAACCCAAAGAAAAAAAGCGAUUAUGUAACGCUCCAAUCUUUUGGUUAUCAGUUUAGACUUUAGAUAUUUUCUUUUUUGGUCGAAUGAAUAUCUCUUUUAAAUCUAAACCCUGCUGCUAUAGUGGUGCAUUAUGUAGAUUGUCUCUAUAAUGAUUAAUCAUAUUUAACAGUGGCACCUACUUCAUUUUGUA